UUUGUAAAAGGGAGGAAGUAUUCGUACAAUGGACACGCAGAAUAAAGUCGUUAUGAUCAACGGCGGAGCUGGCGGUAUAGGCAGCGAAUUCGUCAAAAUCUUGCUGGAAAACGGCGCAAGGAACGUCGCUAUCGUGGACUUGCCAACGUCGCAGUGUCAUGCGAGAGUGGCCGAGCUUGAGAAUAAAUACGGUAAAAAUCGCGUCGUUUUCUUCCCUUGCGAUUUAACGAAGGCCAAUGAGUUCGAGGCGACGUUCAAGGGGGUCGUGGACACGUUCGAUGGACUCGACAUUCUCAUUAACAGUGCCGGAAUAAUACAGGAGAGAAAAAUAGAGCAGGUAAUUGAUGUGAAUCUCACGUCGGUGAUACGCAGCUCGCUACGGGCCCUAGAUCACAUGGGCAAACACAAAGGCGGCAAAGGCGGUGUGAUCGUCAACGUCUCGUCCAUUUACGGACUGAACGUACAAGAUUGUAAUAUACCGACCUACUGUGCAAGUAAGUACGGAGUGGUCGGAUUCAGCCAAUGUCUGGCAAAUUUUUACUACUUGAGCGAAGUACGUGUCCUUACGUUAUGCCCGGGCUUCACGUCCACGCCGAUACUUAAUGUAACGCCCGAUCAAAUGCUGGACAUCGUCAACUUUAAUGUCUCUAACCUGAAGCAAUUGGUGAAACAGCCGUCUGACAAUGUAUCGCGCGCGCUGCUGCAUCUUUUGCGGAAUGCUAAAAACGGCACGAUCUGGGUGAGCACAGAAAAUCAUUCAGCGUACGCUGUGGAGAUUCCUCAUUUUUCCGAACUAGCUGUACUUAUGUAAGUUUUUCGUCGUUAACGAAUCCGUUGGCCAACAUUAUACGCGAUCAUUUAUACAUAAUGCUCCGAUCUCUCACGAGAAACCGGCGUCGCAUAUGUUAUUUUUUCUUAAUCUGCACAGACAAAGUUUCUUUCUUGUACACAAUAUAUUGUAUAAACUAUUAUUAUGAUAUUAUAUAAAAUAGAUGUAAAAAAUACGGUGCGUAUGGAUAGAGUUAAAAAAAUUUUGUUGGAUUUGUCAAAUGCGGUAGAUAAGUCAAAUUACUCCACACUCUAUUACUCUAUCGAUCUCUCAACAUAUCUGAAGUUUUAUUGUAUUCUGCAGUUUAGGAGCACAGAAGUAUUAUGUAAAAUGUCAUGAGCCAAUAGCGCACGAAAGAAUUCGCGAUACCAUUGGGCGAAUUGAUGCGGUGUCUGACAGAAAGAUUUAACGAUCUUGAAAAUGUAUCAUUUGUAAACGAUCGAAUCGCUUGCGUUUUUUUUUAUUUUUCUGUGCGUAAGAUCUUGUUAUCAUUGCAUCAAAAAAUAAAACUGUUGCAAAAAGUGUACUGCUUAUCAUUUCCUGUGUCUGACGUUAAAUAACCAAUGUAACUGCAUAUAGCCAAGCCAUGAAUAAUAAGAAGCGCAAUUUAAAUAGUUAAGAUUUAUCUUAUGAAUAAUAACUAUAAGGAAACAGAGGGAGAGGGGGUGAGAGAGAGAGAGAGAGAGAGACAGAGGGAGAGAGAGUGAGAAGGAGAUAUAAUAAGUUUAAUUGCUAUAAAUACUUAUACUUACUUUAUCUUCUUUCAAUAUUAUGCAUCUUUGUAAUCCCUGUUUACCAUCAAUUUUAUUUGAUGGAACUUAACAAUCAUUUCUGCAUUCCAUCCAGCCAUGUUUAUCAGGAGCUUAUAAAAAUUAACCGCAUAUUUAUCAAUAUUUCUUCUAUCAUCUGUAUCAAUACAUGUCCUAUUCAAGGAUUCGCUAUCCUGAACAAAGCUCUAGGUAUCUCGAACACAAGACGUGUUAAAAGUAAUCUCGUUAAGAAUUAUGUUAUUGAUAAUGAUUUUGCAAGUUUUUCGACCCUUUCGAAAUUACUAUUUUCUUUCCGCAAAGUUUGCUCUAAACCAAAAAUUUCCUAAGCAUGGGUCUCAAACAAAUUUUUUAAUAUAAUACUUCAUCAUUUUGCGUAGUUUUACAAUCUCAAGCCAGCUAUAUAUUUGUUGCAUAUCCUCGUGACGUAUCAACAUAUAGCUAUAUGGACGGAAUGCGUUGCAAAAUCGUAUAUCUAUUAUUAAUAAAU